UGGCGGCGCCCAUGGCGAAGUCGUGAUUAGGGGGAAACAGGUCAUACAACUCAUAUUUAAAAGCUGGGUUUGACGUGUAUAACAUGGAUUUUGGUAUUGGGAUAUAAGACCAUAACGCAGACAUAGAGCAGCGGGAAAUAAAACGGUGACGGAGCCAUGCAGGCCUCGAUGAGGACGUUAGCUCUGUGUCCCCUGGGCGUUGCCAGGUUGGGUAAAAUCCCAUCACCCCGCCUCCUGUCCCCCUGCAUCCGCACCCUGUUCAGUGAGACAGGAGUGUGGGAGAAAGACUACCGAACAGAGACCAGACGCAGAGUGGAGGAAUGGUGGCACCCACGAAUCAUGGCACAUGGGAGGAAAGAUGCACAAGAGGAGGGCUCCAACAGGAAGAAGUUUUAUGUCCUCUCCAUGUUCCCGUACCCGUCAGGACGACUUCACAUGGGACACGUGCGAGUUUAUACCAUCAGCGACACUAUCGGCCACUUCCAGAGGAUGAGAGGCCAUCAGGUGUUGAAUCCGAUGGGUUGGGAUGCUUUUGGACUCCCUGCAGAAAACGCAGCCAUAGAGAGAGGUCUGGACCCAGGAGAGUGGACUAUAAGCAACAUCCAGUCCAUGCGCGAGCAGCUGGACAGCCUCGGCCUCUGCUUCAACUGGGACAGAGAAGUGACCACCUGUCUUCCAGACUACUACAGGUGGACGCAGUAUCUGUUCAUCAAGCUCUUUAAAGCCGGACUUGCGUAUCAGAAAGAGGCUGUGGUGAACUGGGACCCUGUAGAUCAGACGGUGCUGGCUGAUGAGCAGGUGGAUGAAAAGGGUCGCUCCUGGAGGUCUGGUGCCCUGGUGGAGCAGAAGCUGCUCACACAAUGGUUCAUUAAGACCACAAAUUAUGCCAAGCCUCUUCUGGACGCCCUGGCAGAUCUUCCAGAGUGGUACGGGGUCAAAGCCAUGCAGGCAAACUGGAUUGGAGAGUGCACCGGAUGCUACUUUGAUUUUAAACUUAAGCUGAAUGGAGAGGAGACAGGGGAAACCCUGUCAGCCUACAGCUCCUCUCCUGAGACAGUGUUUGGAGCAGCUUACCUCGCCAUUCUGCCCUCCCACAGACUGCUACACGGGAGCAGCUCAGUCCGCUCUGCCUUGGAGAAAGUCUUAAAGCCGGGCAGAGACUGCCUGACAGAGGUCACCGCUCGCAACCUGUUCACCAGCCAGGAGGUUCCCCUGGUUAUCUCCCACAGAGAGGCGUUUGAUGGCUAUCUAGAUACUGUGAUUGGAACCCCAGACUGCAGUGAGGAGGAUCUGUCUGUGGCCAGAGAUCUGAACCUGAUGUGGAAAACGGUGCUAAAAAGUGAUGAAGAUGGGACACAAACUCUCAUUAACUCUAAUGAGUUCUCAGGCCUAACCAGGCAGCAGGCAUUUAACUCCGUUACCCAGAAGGCCAGAGAGCAGAGGGUCGGUGGUCACCUCACCAGCUCCAAGCUCAGGGACUGGUUGAUAUCAAGACAGCGGUACUGGGGAACACCCAUCCCUGUGGUGCAUUGUGGGUCUUGCGGUGCGGUUGCUGUCCCUGAGGAGGAGCUACCUGUUGUUUUACCGAAGCUGCCGUCUCUUAAGGGAAAAGGUGCAUCACCACUCGAUGCCGCUCAUGAUUGGGUCAACUGCAAAUGUCCCAGAUGUAAAGGCCCCGCCAGGAGGGAGACCGAUACCAUGGACACAUUUGUGGACUCCGCCUGGUAUUACUUCAGAUACACUGACCCUCAUAACAAUCACAGGCCCUUUGAGCGCCGCCUGGCCGAUCACUGGCUACCUGUAGACGUUUACAUCGGAGGGAAGGAGCAUGCGGUUAUGCACUUGUACUACGCUCGCUUUUUAAGUCACUUCUGCAGGGACCAGGGUCUUGUGGCUCACAGGGAGCCUUUCAGGAAGCUGCUGGUCCAGGGUCUGAUUAAAGGCCAGACUUUCAGACUGGCAGACAGUGGGCAGUACCUGAAGAGAGAAGAGAUAGACUUCACAGAUAAGGAGCCGGUGGCGGUAGGCGGUGGUUGUGUUGAGGUGACGUAUGAGAAGAUGAGUAAGUCUAAACACAACGGUCUGGACCCACAGGAAGUGGUGCAGCAGUAUGGCGUGGAUACAGUUCGGCUUUAUAUCCUCUACGCAGCGCCGCCUGAACAAGACAUCCUCUGGAAUGUGAAGACUGAUGCCCUCCCCGGGGUCCUGCGAUGGCAGUCCCGGCUCUGGCAGCUGGUGACCAAGCUGAGAGCGGCUCGGCAGCUUGCAGGUAUCCCAGACCCCUCUGUGCUGAAAAAGAAAGAGCUGGCAGAGGUCAAGAAGAUCUGGGAAAAUAAGAACUACGCUAUUCAAGAGGUGACAUCUCACUUCACAGAGGACUUCCUUUUCAACGCGGCCAUUUCUCGCCUGAUGGGACUCACCAACACUCUGAGUAGUGCAACAGUAAGGGUCAUGCAGCACAGUGUGGAGUUUGAGGAAGCUCUGGCUGCACUCAUAAUGAUGGCAGCACCCAUGGCCCCUCACCUGGCCUCGGAGGUUUGGGCAGGUCUUUGUCAGGUGCAGAACCCCCUCACUCCACUACUCCAGCAGGGAGGAGACGUCCUGCAACAGUCCUGGCCGAAUGUGGACCCAGAGUACCUGGAUGUCCCUGACUUUGUGGAGCUGUCUGUUCUGAUAAACAACAAGCCGUGUGGGACAGUGACCGUGCCUCUGCAGGUGUCCAAAGACUUUGAGCGGGUGCAGCAGCUCGUCCUGGAGAGCCCGCUUGGACAGAAGCAUCUCGGGGAGCACAACAUUAAGAGAGCCAUCCUCUCCCCCAGGACCGCCCUCAUCAACUUCCUCACUGAUGAAUGAUGUUUGUAAUUGUAUCUCUGCAACAUGAAUGCCUGUCAAUCUGUGACUAAGCAGGCAGAGGCGAACAAAAAAACUGGUACUUUUGUUAUAAAUGAAGCAAAAGGGUGGAAGCUGUUUUUUAUAAACUGUCAUAAUUUCAAUGUAAAUAUAUCUAUUGUAUUUAUACAAUACUUUCCUGUCUUUUUUAAAAUAAAGAUUCAAAAGCAA